GUUGUCUAUAGCAUUGAUGGCUGUGUCCGAAAUUUUCACAUGACAGAGUCCCCUGUUAACCUGAAUAACCCUACCUCUAGUUAUAAUGUUGGGAAAUGCUUCGCCAACGCACAGGAAGGAACAUAUUUUGAUGGAACAGGGUUUGCCAAAACAGUUGGAGCAUACAAAGUGGGGACAGAUCUGCGAGUGGAAUUUGAGUUCCGUACAGCUCGAACAAAUGGUGUUCUGUUGGGAAUCAGCAGCCAAAAAAUGGAUGGACUUGGUAUUGAGCUGAUAGAUGAAAAA